AUGGCAAUCAACUUCUCAGCCUCGUUUGCGGCCUGCAUAGCCGCCGGCCUCAAAGUGCCACGUCAAAUAAUGUAUUGCAUCACACAGGACACCGGUCAGCCCUAUGUCCUCUAUAAAGAUUCCCAGGAAGCUGAACGAAAUGCCGCCGCAAUUGGUGGUACCCCAGGACAAUGGGGCACCGAAAUGUAUCCUGGCAUACAACAACAACACUUGAGUGCACAACAACAAAAUGCCAUUACGGCAAAUGGCCAGGCGGGCGCAUCAAAUGGUCCAACAUCACAUUCACCCAAUGGUGGUGGUGAUCCACAUGGUCGUGAAAAUGGUGGUGCGGAUGGUGGUGGUGGGGCGGGGGGAACUGGUAGACAACAGGGUUCACCCUCGACCAGUCCAUACCCGCCACAACAGCAACAGCAGCAGCAACAACAACAGCAGAGAACAAACGGAACCAAUGAUGAUGAUGUGAAUAUGAAUCAGGUGAGUAAGGAACAACCAAAUUCCAAUCCACAAUCAAAUCCAAACCAAAGCUCAAAUGAUCCCCAUCAGCAGCAGCAGCAAAAUGCCAAUGCCGCCUCGUCAUCCGACAAUAACCCGGCGGGGAAUAAUCCGCACAAUGUCCAGCAGAAUGGCCAGGCCAAUGAUCAUGGCAAUAAUGGUUUUCCUGGCUCCCAAAAUGGUGAAUUGUCCAGCUAUUAUGCCCCCCGACAUCCUGGCGCCCAAGGUGGCCUUAUGGCACCACCCGGUUUCCCACCGUUACAUUAUCUCAAUAAACCUGUGCUGCCGGGUUUAAAUGGCGCAAUGGAUCAGGGAGCAGGUAAUGGACCCAAUAUGGAUGCAUAUGCCUUGCCCGAGCUACUGCCGGGACAGAAUGGCUCAGCCAAUGGUCAGCAACAGAAUGGUGGUGCUGGUGGCACCGGGGGACAUCAAAAUAAUACAACCAGCAAUGGCACCGGUACGGGAGGUGGUGGAGGCGGCGGCGGAGGAGGUGGUAGUGGUCGUAGCCAUAAACCCCCCAAACCUCACAGUGAUCUGCGACUCUUCAAAUGCCUAACCUGUGGCAAAGAUUUCAAACAGAAAAGUACCCUGCUGCAACAUGAUCGCAUACACACCGAUGCCCGGCCGUAUCCCUGCUCCGAGUGUGGCAAACGUUUUCGCCAACAAUCGCAUCUGACCCAGCAUCUGCGCAUCCAUGCCAAUGAGAAGCCGUUCACGUGCGGCUACUGCAAUCGAGGCUUUCGCCAGCGGGCAAUACUCAAUCAACAUGUUCGCAUCCAUUCGGGUGAGAAGCCCUUUGCGUGUCCCGAGUGCGGCAAGCACUUUCGCCAGAAGGCCAUCCUUAAUCAACAUGUGCGAACCCACCAAGAUGUUUCACCCCAUCUCAUAUUCAAAAACGGACCCCAUCCGACAUUGUGGCCCCAAGAUGUACCCUAUCCGGGCGAUGAGACUGACACAAAGAAUGGCAUUGCCAAUGAUGGCUAUAACGAUGAUGAUUCACAGAAUGGUCAAGAUGGAGGUAUACAUUAUCCCGCCUACUUUAAGGAUGGUAAAGGACAAAAAAUCUUACCCGAUGUCCUCUCACACAUCGGUAUCCGUCCGGCCAAUAUGCCGCUCUACGUACGCUGUCCGAUUUGUGAUAAGGAAUUCAAACAGAAGACGACACUGCUGCAACACGGUUGCAUACAUAUCGAAUCGCGUCCCUAUCCCUGCCCCGAGUGCGGCAAACGUUUCCGCCAGCAAUCACAUUUGACCCAGCAUUUGCGCAUCCACACGAAUGAGAAGCCAUUCGGAUGUCUGUAUUGUCCGCGUUUCUUCCGGCAGAGAACGAUUUUGAAUCAGCAUGUCCGCAUCCAUACCGGCGAGAAGCCCUACAAGUGCGGCCAGUGUGGCAAAGAUUUCCGUCAGAAGGCGAUAUUGGAUCAGCAUACACGGACCCACCAGGUAGGUGAUCGUCCCUUCUGCUGUCCCAUGCCAAAUUGUCGACGACGCUUCGCCACCGAAAACGAAGUGACCAAACACAUUGACAAUCACAUGAAUCCGACAACAAAACGCAGCCGCCAGGCGAACAAUACCGCCAAUAGCAGCCAGAACAACAACAACAAUGCCAACAAUAACGCCAAUAACAACAAUUCACAUGCCGCAGCUGCUGCUGCAUCGGCGGCCGCAGCCGCUGCUGCCGCCAAUCAUUUAAUCAAUGAAACCAAAAACGCUGCAGCUCAACAAUUUCUCAAUAACAACAACAAUCCGGCGGGUGACAAUAAAAAUAAUAUUCUGCCGCGUGGCAUGGGUGGUGUGGGCGGUGUGCCCAAUCCCGGAUCACAGGUGAAAAACGAAUUGUAUUUCCCCCAGUGUUAUGGACCACCAUUCCAGCAUCCGUUUCAACAGCCAACGGCUGCGCACAACAAUGGACCAUCGGCGGUAUCGGUAAGUGUGGCCAAUUCGGUGGCACCCGGAGUUGUGGGGCAGCAAAAUGCCCCAACAUCGGUGGUAGUGGCCCAGUGACAUCCCUCCACCACGACAACAACGGUGGCGGGGGCUGGUG